UUCUCAUUCAGUCACUUUCACUCAACAACACAACACAAAAUCCACACCCUGUUCCUCAAACUAUGAAACUUGUAGCAUCCUUUUCAACACAAUCCUAGCACAACACAAACACAAACCAAAACAGAGUUUUCAUUUUUUUAACCUUAAUUCAAACAAUUAAUCCAACAACAACAAACAACAAUGGAUCCAUGUCCUUUUGUUCGUCUCACAAUUGAAUCAUUAGCACUAAAUCUUCCAUUACCAACAAAAUCAUCACCAAUUUCACGUAUUCAUCCAUCAACAACAACAUCAACACCAUGUUUUUGCAACAUUAAUAUACCCAAUUUCCCUUCUCAAACCGCACUUCUCCCUGUUUCAUCAUCGUCGACACCGGAAACCACUGCUUCUGCUAGUGGUUUCCACCUCGACUCUGCUUCACUACGGCGUUUAAUAGGGAAACAAAUUCCUCUUCGUUUCUCUGUUUACGCCGGAACCAUGAAUCGAACCUGCGGUAUCACAGGUAUAGCAGGUUCGAAGCUUCUGGGUCGAGCUGUUGUUAACAUUGAUUUAAAAAAUUGUCUUUCUCGUUCUGUUAUGUUUCAUAGCGGUUGGAUUGUGUUGGGAAAAAAGAAGAAAGGGUUUGAACCGGAAAAAAAUGAUUCGGUUCGGCUUCAUUUGGUGGUUCGGUGUGAACCGGAUCCACGGUUUGUUUUUCAAUUUGGUGGUGAACCGGAGUGUAGUCCUGUGGUUUUUCAGAUUCAAGAGAAUAUUAGACAACCGGUUUUUAGUUGCAAGUUCAGUGCUGAUCGGAAUUCUAGAUCAAGGUCUAAUGCCUCAGAUUUUGCAAACACUCCUAGUAGAUGGAGAAGGACAUUCAGUGGUGUUCGAGAGCGUCAUGGUAGAGAAAGAAAGGGGUGGAUGAUAACAGUUCACGAUCUCUCCGGUUCACCAGUUGCCACAGCCUCAAUGGUCACACCAUUUGUCCCAUCCCCUGGCACAGACAGAGUAUCAAGAUCAAACCCCGGCGCGUGGCUCAUUCUUCGUCCAAAUGGCGCCUGCGUGAGUAGCUGGAAACCGUGGGGACGCUUAGAGGCAUGGAGAGAAAGAGGUCCGGUAGAUGUCUUGGGAUACAAGUUUGAACUCGUAACCGAAAAUAACGGAAUACCUAUUGCUGAAUCCACAAUGAAUGUGAAAAAAGGUGGACAAUUUUGCAUUGAUUAUAAAGUUAUGAAAGAGUAUUAUGGAUUGUGUUCAAGGUUACCACCAGGUAAAGGUUUUGUGAUGAGUUCUAGUGUUGAAGGUGAAGGAAAAAUUAGUAAACCUUUUGUUCAAGUUGGAGCACAACAUGUUACAUGUAUGGCUGAUGCUGCAUUGUUUGUUGCUUUGUCUGCUGCAAUUGAUCUUAGUAUGGAUGCUUGUCAGCUUUUCUCACAUAAACUUAGGAAAGAACUUUGUCAUGAAGAACAUGUUUCUUUUCCAUAAUAACAUGGUCAAAGGUGUGUCCGGUGUCUGAUACUGACACAUGGUUGAAGUUGAAGAGAAUUGAAUUACAUUAUUCUUGCAAUGUUACAUUUGUAACACUAACACUUUUGAUUGAAGGUGUGUUAUGUGUCUGACACAUGUGAUUACAUUUAUUUAAUCCAUUUUCUCAAAUUAUUACUGAUGUCGACAUAUCAAUAAUAAUGUCGCAUCUGGUGUCGGUAUUUGUAUCGGUGUUUGAUAACUUGUUGCCAUUUACCAUGUGUUGCACUGAUUGCC